AUGAGGAUAUACAUAGGUGCGAAUGAUACAGUCAGCAGAACAAACUUCGCUAAAAGGAAACUCAAUGACAAUAAGAAAAACGCUAAACUGGCGAAUGCAAAAAAUACCGAGAUUGCCGUAGUGGCAGCGAUUUGCGUCGCCGCGACCUUUGCCAAAGAUGAGUCCUCGAAAGGUCGCGAUAAGAGACAACAGGUUGCUUUCUAUCCAAGGAGAGGAGCCAGACCGCCACCCUAUGCGGUCCAAAUGGAACCGAUCGUUCAAUAUUCCCAGAGAGAUCCGCUCUACAAUCCCUUGGCCAGCUCCAAGAGCGACGAUCUCUACGAAGAGGGUCCACUGAAUUAUUAUCCUACCGAACCUGAACCGAUCAUCGAAAUUAUCAUCAAAGAAUCCAACGACUCUCUGCCAACACCGGUACCUCCACCUCCUCCUCCAACCCCGAGACCCACGAAAGAGCCUAUACAAGUGUUCUACGUGAAAUACGAGAAAAAGAAGGGCUACGGGGAAAAAUCUCGAGUCGUCUACGAGCCACCCGUGCCCGCGCUGACACCUGUCGAGGAGCAUGAGGAGAUCAAGCCAGAUAACCCAGUGCCUUAUCCGGAAGAACCUGUUCACACAGCGACACCGGCACCGGCUGAACCUUCUACGACUUUGAGAGCGAUCAUUCGACCCGACAGUGAAGUGUACCACUCUGGCUCUAGCGGUAUUCGCGUUACCUUUGGCACGGAACAAGUGCCACCGAACAGUCACAAUAAGCGCAGCGAUUUGGAAGCACCUCCUACCCAACAACACGCCAAGCCAACUUCCUCUCCUCCGGGAGCUCCUAAAAGACAGCACGGCCCGUAUCAGCCGAUCCAACCGGUCCAUCAAAGAGUACCACCAGCAUUGCCUCAACAGAGAAUCGCGAACUCGUUUCCGCAGCAACAGGCGCUCCAUCAACCUCUUCAGCAACAGCCGCCUAUAAAUUUCUUGCAGCAACAACCAUCAUUUUCGCCGCCACCGCAAGCGAGAAGUCCGUUACAAAGACCUCAGCGCUUGCCCAUAACGAUCCAAGGCCUACCAGAAGUACAACAGCGAGCACCGUUCAAUAGUUUUGGUACGCCUCAUCGUGUCAGCAUUAAUCAUCCACAGCAACCAGGAUUCCCACCUACCCUGUCGGUCUCUCAUCAGAAUGUACAGAUACAGAGUCAACCCUUGCCACUGAAUCAGGCCAGUCCCUUCAGCGUGGAGCCACAAGCACAGCAACAACCUUUGCCGCAAUUUAAGCAGCAGGAACUGGAAAAACAAAGAUAUCACGAGCAGCGUCGUCAACAGGAGCUGCUGAAGCAACGCGACCAUCAAAGGCAACACGAGCAACAGAGGCUUCAAGAGCAUCAACGAUUCUUGGAGCAACAGAGACACGUGGAGCAACAGAGGCUGUUCGAGCAACAGAGACAGCAGGAACAACAGCGACAACAGGAUCAUCAGAGGUUGCAGGAGCAACAAAGGGUACAAGAGCAACAGAGGAUUCAAGAGCAACAGAGGAUACAGGAACAACAGAGGAUACAGGAACAGCAGAGGAUACAGGAACAACAGAGGGUACAGGAACAGCAACAACAAAGGUUGCAGGAUCAGCAGAGAUUGCAGGAGCAGCAGAGAUUACACGAACAACGUAGGAGGAAGCAGGAACAAGAACAGAAAUUAUUGCAAGAACAACAGUAUCGCACGCAAUUGAAAUAUAACCAAGCGCAACCGGUGCCAAAUAUACCUCAGGUACCAAUUCUGCCACAAAUUCAGAAACCUGGCGGAGAAAUUUUCAAAGCUGUUCCUAAACUCGAACAACAUUACGCAAUUCGAGAAAAUCCGCUUCAUCCCGGCCCUUUCCCACCUAAUCCCGUUAUCCAGCCGACUGGAUUCCCGGAAACGUCACAGAAUCAAUACGUCUCCGCUCAACCGCCAAGUUCGCCGCCAGAGAUCUUGCGGAACCCAGGGGUUGAUUUUGUAAACGAUCAACAGCAACAUAUAAAUACGAAGCAACAAAUAGUGCAAAAUCAGCAGCAAGGAUUUUUCUCGCAAAAUCUUCAACAGCCGCAGCAGCAACAGCCGCAACAGCAACAGCCACAACAGCAACAGCAACACCAACGUUUCCCCACGCUUCCUCAACGAUCUUCGAUCUGGGGACGCUUGCCGUUCGCAGGAAACAGCGCGAGUCCUUCUCAAAAGAUCUAUGCAACUCCAGUAAGUCCUGUGGAAGAUUUCAACGCAAUUUCAACAAACAGACCAUUCAUUUCGAGCACGACUACUACCACGACAACGACCACGACGACUACCGAAGCCCCAACGACAACCACGGCCAUUUCUCCAAAGAAGGAGGCGAAAAUUAAGGAAAAUAUCGCUAAUCUGCCGGAUGAGGUGCCGGAUGAUAUCAGGGAGCAAUUAUUGAGUUCGGGUAUUUUGGGUAAUGCCGACAUACAAAUACUGGAUUACGACAAGGUCGGCGACAUACCGAUAGAGAAACUACCGCCAGAGGCCCUGGCGAAUUUCUAUGGCGCCGGAGGCGGUUCCGCGGUAGCUGCCAGCGAACCGGUCCCGUCGAUCGUCAAGAAACCCAAAACGGCAGAGAGCGCGUCUUCGUCGACCUCCUCUUCUUCCACUUCUUCAGCGGUUUUGACGAAGAAGGCGGCUGCUGGUAGCUCGACUAAGUUCGAGCAGGCUACCUUGCGGCCAGGUGGAGUGGAGAUGAAAGUAGUACGCUUCGAUCCGAAUACGGAGCAAGGCCAGGCGCUAGCGGAUCAGCACAUACGUGAUGAUGCUACCAGGUUGAAUCCCGUAACCGUGGGAACGAAAGACGAAUCCCAAUACAAUCGUUACCUACCGCUCAAAGUGAGUGGUGCUUCCUUCCCUAUACCGGACGUACCGCAACUUAAUGGUCGGAAGAUCUCUAGCGUGGUCGUAUUGGCGCCCGUCGACUAUAACUUUCAAGAAGAAAAGGAGAUCGAAUCGAGACAAGGCAGGAGGGUGAGCGAUGUGCAAGCGGUAAAAUUUCUCGCCGGCGACACUCUGAAGCAACUGGUGAAAAAACCAACCGCGGAGAACUACAAGAAGUGGUUGGAACAGGAGAGCCGUACGGAGCCGCAGAAACAGUCGGUGGUACUGCUGGUAACCAUGCCAAAAGACGCGGAGCAAGGCGAGAAAGAGAUCUUCAUGUACGACGUGGUUUCGCAAACUGUGAGCAAACUGGCUGGCGACCUGUCUACAGCGUUUGUCGAUGCUGCCGAAAGUAACUCCGACAAUACCGACUCUUUUACCGAUUCGUCUUUCCCAUCGUAUUAA